AUGGGAGAUAAUCCGUGGCAGACCAUAGACAUACACAUGCAUUAUGGUGGAUAUUUCAAAUGGAAACCGAGAAUUAGAUACACUGGCGAACACGUGAGGGUAUUUUGUGGAUGGGACCCUGAUGAAUUAUCUGUAUUUGAGUUUCAAAAAAUGUACCAAACGAUUGAGCACGGCGUUACAAAUAUGAAUUUCUGGUACUCUAUUCCCUUUCAUGACCUUGAUGUUGGUGUGGUUAGCAUCAAGGAUGAUGUGGACAUCGAAUUAUUGACAACAUGUUAUGAGGGGCUUUCAGAAAUGCACAUAUAUGCUGAGAGGGGGCCUGAUCCCAUUGAAGCUGAGAUUAGUUCGUCCUCAACUGUUAAAGGCAAGGAUGACAUCGACCUUUUAGUAAUUGGGAGUGAGGACAAUAAUGACAUUCCAGACAUUAACUGUAGAGCAAAGGACAUCUGUGAAGAAGAGUCAUCACAAAUGGAGUCAAAUCCAGCUAUUAUGGGACCACAUAGAGAGAAGAUACAUGAUUCUGGUAACAAAUCCAAGAGAAAGAAGGCAACAAAUGAUAAAAAAGUCAAGUCGCAAAGAGUAAAGUUAAGUGCAAGGAAAUCAGUCAAGCAGUUAUUUAAAGACAAAGAAGAAGGUGAUACAUCCUCAGAGUUUCGACAGUCUCCUACAAGGAAGUCAGCACAAGAAACAACACAGGCAGAGAGAGAUCCAACAUCAGAGCAGACUGACUGUAGGGGAGAACCAACAACACAGGCAGAGAGAGAUCCAACAUCAGAGCAGACUGAUUGUAGGGGAGAAAAAACAGUUCAUGAAGGCGAAGAAGAAGAUGAAGUCAUACCAGAUUAUUCAUAUUUUCCUAAUUGGAUAAGAGAAGCAGUAGAACUGCCUGAAGAUGAUGAUAUAUUUGCAAGUUUACACGGUCAAGGAUCAACACAGGCAUCGAUAAAUAUUGGAUCUGCAAAUUCGGUUGGUAUUGGUUAUGUGCAGCAACAAGAAAAUCAGCAAGCAAAAGCAUCAAAACAAGCUGAUUUAGAUGAACAUCAACAAAAACAACAUGAAAAUCAGCAACCAAAAGAUAACCCAGGAGCUGAUUUAGAUGAACAUCAACAGCAACAAGAAAAUCAGCAACCAAAACAUACACUAGAAGCUGAUUUGGGACAACAUCAACAGCAAACCCAAUCCAAAAAAUAA